GUAUUUUAUAACCAUGUUUGUCAUUAUUUCUUGAAUUCUUGAUGUAUUUUUGUGAUGCAAUUCCCAUAGGAAAUCGUGAAAUAAUAGUAAUAAUAUUGAACUCGCUCCUGUAAAUAAAUUUAACAGUUUACCAAAAUGUGGAAGGGUCUUAGGUUAACUCAAUCUCAGUUAUCAAAAUUACAUUUCAAGGGACAUUUACAGCCUGUCGGCGUUCCAGCUCUAGAUUCAGUGUUAAACCAAUGGUACGAGUUUUGUAAGAAGCCGCCAAAGGGCUUUGAGAAGUACUUCCAGCCUGGAACCAGUCAGAAGCAGCAAAAAUCUUCGGAUAAAGAUGAGUCUCCCGCACCUUCAAAAAGUUCGCCGACAUCACCAAAACCAUCUUCGUCACCGGAUAAAUGGAAUAUGAAUAUGUUUUCCAACACUACGGGUGGUAGAGGCGGUGGCAGAGGUGGUUACGAAGGUCAGGACAGGGAAAAAUGGAUGAUGUUUGGUGCAAUGGGUGUUGUCACAUUACUAGCUUCAAUAGCUUACUUUGAAUUAAGAUAUAGAGAAAUAAGCUGGAGGGACUUUGUCAACUUAUAUCUCAAUAAAGGAGUUGUUGAAAAACUUGAAGUUAUUAACAAGAAAUGGGUUCGCGUUAAACUACAGCCAGGAUCUGCUCUUGAGACCAAAGUGAUCUGGUUUGCCAUUGGGAGUGUGGACUCAUUUGAAAGGAAUCUAGAAAAUGCACAAAUUGAGAUGAGUGUUGAUCCUCCCAAUUUUAUUCCUGUCAUUUAUAAAACUGAAGUGGAAGCUGCAAGUUUAACAGGCAUGCUGCCAACUCUACUGAUUAUAGGAUUUUUAAUUUAUAUGAUGAGAAGAUCAGCAGAUAUGAUGGGCCGGGGAGGACGUAAAGGUGGUGGCCUCUUUGGUGGUGUGAUGGAGUCAACUGCAAAAUUAAUAAAUCCAACAGACAUAGGUGUCAAAUUCCAGGAUGUUGCAGGCUGUGAAGAAGCAAAGAUUGAAAUCAUGGAGUUUGUAAACUUUUUGAAAAAUCCACAACAGUACAUUGAUUUGGGAGCCAAGAUACCGAAAGGAGCAUUGCUGACUGGACCCCCUGGGACUGGUAAAACAUUGUUGGCUAAAGCCACAGCUGGUGAGGCCAAUGUGCCAUUCCUUACAGUCUCAGGAUCAGAAUUUCUGGAAAUGUUUGUUGGUGUAGGUCCUUCUAGAGUAAGAGACAUGUUCUCUAUGGCUCGUAAGCAUGCUCCAUGCAUCUUGUUUAUAGACGAAAUAGAUGCCGUAGGUAGAAAAAGAGGUGGACGCAGUUUUGGUGGCCAUUCUGAGCAGGAAAACACUCUUAACCAGCUUUUAGUUGAAAUGGAUGGAUUCAAUACAACAACCAAUGUUGUUGUGUUGGCUGCUACAAACAGAGUGGACAUAUUGGAUAAAGCACUUCUUAGACCGGGACGUUUUGACAGACAGAUCUUUGUACCCGCUCCUGAUAUUAAGGGUAGGGCAUCCAUCUUCAAAGUGCAUCUUACUCCAUUGAAAACCACAUUGAACAAAGAGAAUCUGGCACGUAAAAUGGCUGCAUUAACUCCAGGUUUCACUGGAGCUGACAUUGCCAACGUGUGCAACGAAGCAGCCCUUAUCGCAGCCAGGGAGCUAUUAAACAACAUCUCAAUGAAGAACUUCGAGCAAGCCAUCGAGAGAGUCGUAGCUGGUAUGGAGAAGAAGUCCAAUGUCCUCCAACCUGAUGAAAGGAAGAUAGUUGCGUACCACGAAGCUGGUCACGCGGUCGCUGGCUGGUUCUUACAACAUGCGGAUCCCCUCCUCAAAGUAUCCAUAAUACCCAGAGGAAAAGGUCUCGGCUACGCACAAUACUUGCCUAAAGAACAAUAUCUGUAUAGCAAAGAACAGCUGUUUGAUAGAAUGUGCAUGACGCUCGGCGGAAGAGUCAGCGAGGAAAUAUUCUUCGGCAGAAUCACAACAGGCGCGCAAGAUGAUUUGAAGAAGAUAACACAAAGUGCGUACGCGCAAAUAGUACAUUACGGUAUGAACGCUAAAGUGGGCAAUGUGUCUUUUGAAAUGCCACAGCCUGGAGAAAUGGUCAUUGACAAACCUUACUCGGAGAAAACUGCUGAACUCAUAGACUCUGAAGUCAGAGAUUUGAUCAGCACAGCGCACAAACACACUACAGAUUUACUUGUCAAACACAAAGAUAACAUUAUCAAAGUUGCCGAGAGAUUAUUGAAACAGGAGAUUUUGAGUAGAGACGACAUGAUUGAGCUUUUGGGGAAGAGACCUUUCCCUGAGAAGAGUACUUAUGAAGAGUUCGUUGAAGGAACCGGGUCUCUGGAUGAGGACACCACUUUACCGGAAGGUCUCAAAGACUGGAACAAAGAAAAGGAACCGACUACUCCUCCACCAAACAGUAUACCCAAUACCAGUGGUGCUGGCGCCACUAAAAAUUAAGCACCUA